UUAGACACACGCUGUUAUCAUGAAAGAGGUAUGAUUAUCUUUACUGAAAAAUAAACGAAUAACAAUAUUUGUCUGGGUGGUAAACGUAAAGAAGCAAACAGUUAUCUCGAAUCUCGAAAUGGCUGCAAGGCUGCACCUGCUCCUGAGCCUGCUGGUUUGGCAGCUUUCAUCGUUCUGUGUGCAUUCCUGGACGCCUGCUGGAGUGAGUUUUGUCGGCAUCGGUUACAACAUACUAGAUGGUAAUCCUGAUGGAGGAGAUCCUAAUGCAGGAGGAGUCGAUCCAGGGCUGUUAGUAACCAGAAGGAUAUUAGAGUUUAGUUAUGAAGACGGUAACCUUUCAGAGGAUGGUAUUUACCCGAUUCCCGAUGAAGUCCUUUUUAGCCCAAGAGAUAGCUGUUCGGAAGUAGAAACAACCGAGAUAUUUGAAGGAACAAAAAGUUACCAAGAAAAGUUAGAACGAGAUAUUGAUUAUUCUUUCUCAGGCGAUCACAUUCUGCUUGGUUAUCAAUUUUCUAAAAGUGGAAGAUAUGAAAGAAUCUAUGAAUCAACCGAAUACCAGAAGAAAGUCUUCCAUGAUUAUAAAAAGGUGUGUAAUAAAGGACAAGCCAGGUACCUGACUGAACUUGCUGCAAUUGACGGGUACGAGUUAGCCAGGGAUUUUGUGGCAUCAGCUUGUGCCCUACCAGAAGUUUACGACGAGGCAGAGUAUAUGAAUUUUCUGGAUUUGUGGGGAACGGAUAUUGUCGUUGAAGUUGACCUAGGAACCAAAUUAUCGAACCGAUCUGAGAUCUAUCAAACAGACUUUGUUUUCUACGCAAUGAAAGAGAAGAGUAAUACCGUCUCCCCGGGUGGCAACUUCCUCACUUACAAGGGGUCUGUUGUGGUGGACAUGAACAAAUUCCGUCAGGAAUCUGGACAAGAGACAACUUUCGGUUCGUAUCAAGAACUAAUCUCUGUUGGCACUCCCGAUCUACCUGAACCAAUCUCCGUCAAGCUAAUGUACAUUUCCGAUGUAUUUCAUUCUAAAUAUUGGAGCCAAAUUGACAGCUACGUUAGCAGCGGAUCUUGCAAUGCUGACCAUUCCAGUCAGUUGGCCGCCAAGAAACAGAAUGUUUUCACUGCAUUGACCAACUACGGAAAAUGGAGGAAUGCUCUUAUCUCCGAUGAUCCUCCAGUUCAGAUUCCAAUCACAUGGCCAAUCGGCACAUACUCUCUCCCGAUGGUGGAAUCUAAAGGUACCGGUUGUCCCGACAGUCACUUCUCCUGGAAGGCUGGGUCGAGAUUCCAGGACACUGAAAACUAUUUGUCUGACAACCACUGGUCCGAUCCCUGUCACCUCAGAGGACCUUACAAGAGAAAUGACAUCACUCAGAAUUUCUGCUCCAAGACGGUGGAAUACGAAGACAGCUAUCAAUGGGAAUGGGGAGAGGGUACUUAUUGUAUCUUCAAGAAAGGGACAUCCUGUCCAGCAGGUUUUGACGAAGGUUGGAUAUACUGGAACGACGAAAACACAUUUAACAGCAACUGGUUAAGUGGCGAGCUACCAACCGGUAUCUACGACGAAGAUACACAGAUCUAUUUCUGCUGCCGUGAAGACGGUUUUGCUACUAAUCCAAUUUACAUGCCCAUUGAUGACGUGUUCUUCCUGUUCAAGAAAAAUCAUCUCUGUCAAGAAGUAGCCGGCAUGACGUACGUAGAGGAGUACAUGGAAUGGGAUAACGAAAACGAGAUCUUCGAUGGAAGAACAAUGGGCGGGUCUUAUCCAUAUAACACUGACAAGUCCGAGAACCACAUAUUGCAUUAUUGUUAUUACUACCCUAAAGCCUAAAAUAAUUUUCUUUUAUUGCAUUGUUAAGCCUACUCUAAUAUGACAACGUUAUUGAAUCUACUUUGUAUAAUCCUAUAUUGGCCUAAUCAAGAAAUCAUAAACGAUUGUUAUAGACAAAUACCCAAUCAAUUUAUUUAUUUUUAUUUAUUUUUUAUUUAAAACAUUUUUAGGCAGGAUAACAUAUACAGGCGAGAUCUUACCGCUGUUUUAUGGUCCUGCAAACACAUAGUACAAUAAAUCAAUAAAGAUGAGUUAUAAAACUAUAUAUAUCAACCAACCGACGAAUCAUGUAAAAAUCAUGUAAACGUAACGCCGUUAAAUAAAGAUAUUUUACAAUCGAAGCAGUAUUUGUUUUAUGUUAUGGGUAGGGCCUAUUAAUUUCGAACUACUGACAUUGUGAGGUAAAAUAAUAGGAACUAGCAUUGUCUUGCUGGUGAUAGUGGUGUAGAGUGUUGUAUAGAUGAAUAAUGUAAUAAAACCAGAACAAGUA